UCAGGACCUCUGGAAGAGCAAACAGUGCUCAACCUCUGAGCCAUCUCUCUAGCCCUAAAAAUAGAAAUUUUAAAUUUAAAAACCGGCACCUGUAUGAGAUAGUAUACGCUGUCACACUUCUGCCUCCCCAAAUUAGAGCUGCUUAGGCCAGUUUGGACCUGCUGGGGAAAGCUUAGGAAACAAAAGUGUUCUUUGACCCUGUGACCCUGUGAUUCUUUCCCAGGCACCAUACCUGUUGCUGUUGAGAUGGAGCAGCACACUAGUUAUACUACUAAGGAAAAAGCCCAAGAGGAAGAUAACGCUGUGUGUCUUUGUCCAGCAAAACCCUCCCCCAGUUAUAUUAAUCUUCAAGCAAAUUCCCUGCCAGCCACUUUCUUGAACAUCCAGACAACAAAGCUGCCUUCAGGAGCCGCUCAGAAGCCCAAGGACUGCCCAGAACUCCUACAAUGUGUGUUUGCUAACCUCCAGCUCCAGACCCAGCUCGCCCAGCGACAGAUGGCUAUUUUGAAACAUUUGCAGGCAUCCCUAUCACAGGUGGAUCCUGGGACAGAGAGCAAGAACUGUGCUUUCCUGGCCUUAUAUUACCAUCUGCUGUCAGAUCACCUGCCCCAGUUCCAUAAAUGA